UGCUUCGGGCCCUGUGAAACCCCGUGUGUUUGUGUGUGAGUGUCUAUGUGUUGGUGAAUGUGAGUACAGGGAAGCAGUAGCAGCCGCCAUUUCAGGGAGCUUGUCGACGCUGCCGCAGGGUUGGAUCCUGAGCUGCCGAGGCCGCCGUCCUGCUCUCCCGCGCGGGCUCCUCUAAUCCCAUUGUUUCUUCUAGAUUCGCUCGGGCCUAGCCGCCCUCGGAGCCCGAUAUUCGGGCUGGGCGGUACCGCGGCCUGGGCCUAGGAGCUUAACUGUAGCGGCAGCGGCGGCGGCGGCAGCAUCGGAAGCAGCAUUAGCAGCCGUAGCUCCUUCUCGCAUACGAGCAGCACAGGCGCCCGAAAACCCGCACAGCUGUUUAGAGAAAAUGGCAGACGAUAUUGAUAUUGAAGCCAUGCUUGAGGCUCCCUACAAGAAGACUUGCCUAACGAUAUCUCACCUCUACUCCCAUGAAUUCACCUUUGAUUCCAGUGUGAACUGUCAAUCAUAAGGAUGAGAAUAAGUUGAGCAGUGCAAACGGCCAUGAAGAACGUAGCAAAAAAACACUUUGCAUUUAAAAUUUAGAUCUUCGUCAAAUCCAGUUAUAGCAAAACACCUUACUGCAGAGGCCAUAUAACCAAAAAGUCCAAAGGCCCAGCCCAGUGGACCAUUUACUUCAAUGAUGUUCAGUACAAAUUCCCACUGCCGCUAAAGACUUUGAAAAGUCCCUUUUAAGUUGUAACAGGAUUUGACUAUUAGUGAGGAUUUCGAUAACUGUUAAUGUUUUCUGAAGUUGAAAUUUGUUGUAGAGAAGUACACUGGUUUUGUGUACCCUUCAAUUUUUGAGCUUUUAUGCCGAAUGUAUUUUCUGAUUGUGUUCGUAUGCUGUGACUUUGAAUGGGGUUGCCUUCAGAUGUGUGGGAGCUUCUAUACGAAAGUUACUUCAGAUACCUUAAGUUAAAAUUAUUUUGCAGUUUUGACAGUUACUGGACCUGUUAAGUCAAUAGGGAAGUUGGAUACCUCUGUGCUAUGGCUGAACAGAGCAAAAAUUUGCUGUUUUUUUAUGUAUCGAGUAUUAGAUUGCAUUUUAUCUUGUCUCCUAUUUGAAUUCAUUAUGUUUAGGACUUUAGGUUUUAACCAACUCAGAAUUUUUGAGUUUAAGAGAGAGCGUCAGGUUUUUCAGGCAGGGAAGAUUAUUCUGUUGCCUUUCUGGACGUUGCUGUGAUGACUUCCAUAUGAAUAAUGAGUGUAGCCUAAUUUUUUGUCAUGUGCUACCUAGCAUAUACAUUUCUGACAGUCAGGUGGAUUAUCUUGAAAUUUUAGACAAAGUUUCUGCCUCCUUGGAAAGCUCUACAUCUCCUUGUGAUUGGAGUGUGGGUUUCAAGAUUCCAGAAGGUGGGAAAAAAAGCAAGAGCAGGAGUCGUAGUCAUGAACGGAAGAGAAGCAAAAGUAAGGAGCGGAAGAGAAGCAGAGAUAGAGAAAGGAAAAAGAGCAAAAGUCGGGAAAGGAAGCGAAGUAGAAGCAAAGAAAGGAGACGGAGCCGAUCAAGAAGUCGAGACCGCAGAUUCCGAGGCCGUUACAGAAGCCCUUACUCCGGACCAAAAUUUAACAGUGCCAUCCGAGGAAAGAUUGGGUUGCCUCAUAGCAUCAAAUUAAGCAGACGACGUUCCCGAAGCAAAAGUCCCUUCAGAAAAGACAAGAGCCCAGUGAGAGAGCCUAUAGAUAAUCUAACUCCUGAGGAAAGAGAUGCUCGGACAGUAUUCUGUAUGCAGUUGGCAGCAAGAAUUCGACCACGGGAUUUGGAAGAAUUCUUUUCUACAGUAGGAAAGGUUCGAGAUGUGCGGAUGAUUUCUGAUAGAAAUUCAAGACGUUCCAAGGGAAUUGCUUAUGUGGAGUUUGUCGAUGUGAGCUCAGUGCCUCUAGCAAUAGGAUUAACCGGCCAGCGAGUUUUAGGAGUGCCAAUCAUAGUACAAGCUUCACAGGCAGAGAAAAACAGAGCUGCAGCAAUGGCGAACAAUUUACAAAAAGGGAGUGCUGGACCUAUGAGACUUUAUGUGGGCUCAUUACACUUUAACAUAACAGAAGACAUGCUUAGAGGAAUCUUUGAGCCUUUUGGAAGGAUUGAAAGUAUACAGCUCAUGAUGGAUAGUGAAACAGGUCGUUCGAAAGGAUAUGGAUUUAUUACAUUUUCUGAUUCAGAAUGUGCCAAAAAGGCUUUAGAACAGCUGAAUGGAUUUGAACUAGCAGGAAGGCCGAUGAAGGUUGGUCAUGUUACUGAGCGUACUGAUGCUUCCAGUGCUAGUUCAUUUUUGGAUAGUGAUGAACUGGAAAGGACUGGAAUUGACUUGGGAACAACUGGUCGUCUGCAGUUAAUGGCAAGACUUGCAGAGGGUACUGGUUUGCAGAUUCCUCCAGCAGCACAGCAAGCACUGCAAAUGAGUGGUUCUUUGGCAUUUGGUGCUGUGGCAGAAUUCUCUUUUGUUAUAGAUUUGCAAACAAGACUUUCCCAACAGACUGAAGCUUCCGCUUUAGCUGCUGCUGCCUCUGUUCAACCACUUGCAACACAGUGUUUCCAGCUCUCUAAUAUGUUUAACCCGCAAACAGAAGAAGAAGUUGGAUGGGAUACAGAGAUUAAGGAUGAUGUGAUUGAAGAAUGUAAUAAGCAUGGAGGAGUGAUUCAUAUUUAUGUUGACAAGAAUUCAGCUCAGGGCAACGUGUAUGUGAAGUGCCCAUCAAUUGCUGCAGCUAUUGCUGCUGUGAAUGCAUUGCAUGGCAGGUGGUUUGCUGGGAAAAUGAUAACAGCAGCAUAUGUACCUCUUCCAACUUAUCACAACCUGUUUCCCGAUUCUAUGACGGCAACACAACUACUAGUGCCAAGUAGACGAUGAAGGAAGAUACAGUCCCUGUGUACAUAGCUUUUUUUGUUUCUUGAGAAUUCAUCUUGAGUUAUCUUUUAUUUAGAUAAAAAUAAAGAGGCAAGGGUCUACUGUCAUUUGUAUACAAUUCCUGUUACCUUGAAAAAAUAAAAAUGUAAACAGGAAUGGAAGUGUGCUCUUUCUCCCUAAUUAGCAGAUCCCAAUGUAUACAAAGCUGUUCUUUUGUUCUGCCUUUUAAAAUGUACAAUGUAGAAAAAUAACAUUAAGGGUCUAUAGGAAUAGCUCUAGGGGAACAAGUGUGCUUUCUGUAUAAAGGCAGAGAAGGAUGUAAUGUUUUUAAUGUUCUGGAAGCCUAACUUUUUACACAACAGUUACAUUUCACUAUUGUCUAUACUUGGUUCAUGGUUUAACAGGUUUCUGGCACACGUGUAGUAUGGAAAUUUAAGACAGCAAAAGGGCUGUUUAGGUUACAUCUCAUCUUGCAUUCUGAUAUUUUAGCAAGAAAAAGGAAACUUCAAAAUUAUAUUUCCUGAUGGUAUCUUUUCAAUUAAUGUAUCUGUAAAACUUCCUUUGUAAAUACUAUGUGUUCUGGUGUGUCUAAAGAUUCCAAACAAAAUGAUCCCUGCAUUUCCUGAAGAUGUUUGGAUAACAAAGCAGUCUGAUUAAGAAAUAGGAAAUGCAGAAAUAGGUUUUGUCUGGUUGCAUAUAAUCUUUGCUCUUUUUAAGCUCUGUGAGCUCUGAAAUAUAUUUUUGGGUUACUUCAGUGUGUUUGACAAGACAGCUUGAUAUUUCUAUCAAACAAAUGACUUUCAUAUUGCAACAAUCUUUGUAAGAACCACUCAAAUAAAAUUCUCUUUAAAAGGCCACAA